AUGAGGGAAAGCGCGCCCCUCGCCUCGCUCUCCCUCGCGCUCUGCCUUGCCGCAUACGCCGUGCCGCUGCUCGUGCCGCUCGCUGUCCAGAUGCAAUCCCAGCCGUUGCUGGUGCAGAUGCUGCAGACGGGGCUUGUUGCUGCCGCCCUCCCCCUCACUGCUAUCCCAGCAACCAUGGACGCGCUAGUGGACAUAGCAGGCGGCGCAGUGAACAUUCACGUGCUCAUGGCGGUGGCAGCACUGGCGUCAGUGGCCAUGGGGAACGCGCUGGAAGGGACCCUACUCCUUGCCAUGUUCUCCAUCUCCCAUAUAGCGGAGCAUUAUUUCACGGAGAAGGCUCUGGGCGAUCUUCGCUCCUUACAGGACAACAACCCCUCCACUGCCCUUCUCAUUGACCCCUCCUGCCUCUCUUCUGUGGGGUUGGCUGCUCUCUCCUGGUCGGAGGUUCCUGUAGCUGAAGUGCCGGUGGGGGCCAUGGUGCUGGUUAAAGCAGGAGAGGUGGUCCCUCUAGACGGCACCGUCCGCUUCGGCCGCUCCCUCGUCACCACAGAGCACCUCACCGGCGAGGCGCACCCCGUCGAGAAGCUUCCCGGAAACUCCCUCCCGGGCGGCUCGCGCACCGUCGACGGCUUCCUCGUCGUGGAAACUUCCCGGAAAUGGUCCGAGUCCACCGUGGCUCGCAUAAUGCAGCUGACAGAGCAAGCCAGAUCCCAAAAACCCCCUCUCCAGCGCUGGCUGGAUAAAUUCUCCGAGAAAUACAGUCAAGCAGUGGUGGGGUUAUCAGUGGGAGUGGCUGUGCUGGGCCCGGUGCUGUUCGGCUGGCCGUUUUUGAGCUCGCCAGGGGUGCGAGGGUCGCUGUAUCGGGCACUGGCAGUGAUGGUGGCGGCAUCGCCGUGUGCUCUCGCUGUUGCUCCCCUCGCCUACUUCUGCGCUCUUACGGCUUGCGCAGGCAAGGGCAUUCUCCUGAAGGGGGGACACGCCUUAGACGCCACAGCAGCUCACAGUCACGAGUGGGAGGAGACAGGCGUGGUGGUGGAGUGUAGCAGUGCGAGCUGUGAGGCGGAGGCGCUUGCAGUGGCUGCUGCACUAGAGCAAGCCGCGACCCACCCCAUUGCCAGGUAUGAUCAGUGCACUGCAGUGGGAGGGGAGGAGACAGGGGUGGUGGUGGAGUGCAGCAGUGCCAGCUGUGAGGCAGAGGCACUCGCAGUGGCUGCUGCACUGGAGCAAGCCGCCACGCACCCCAUUGCCAGGGCCCUACAGGAAUACGCGGAUAGCAGGCGAGCCACUCUCACCGGGGUGAAUGUGGAUCAGCUGCAGCUGGUGCCGGGGCGAGGGCUCACUGCUACCAUCUCCAGCAUGCCUGGCGAGAGCGACAAGUGGGGCCCGCACGAGGCUCGCAUAGGCUCUCUGGAUUUCAUUGCUGAGGUGGCAGAAGAUCACUGGGCCAGCAGAGCAGCAAAAGCAGGACGGGACAGCGACAGAGAGACGUCAGCGCAAGCAUCAGCAGCUGCCCAAUCAACAGUCGCCACAUCACCAGCACCACCCCAACCACUCUCACCCCUCUCACCACUCGCACCACCCCCAACCCUCCCCCCAAGCGACCUAAUCCGAGCCGCUCUUGCCGUGGGGCAAAAAGUAACCCUUUUCCACUUCGAAGACCAGCUUCGGCCCGGAGCUAAAGAAGUGGUUCGGCAACUGCAGGAUCAGGGAGGCCUGAGAGUCCGAAUGCUCACUGGGGAUCAUGCAGCUUCGGCACACAGGGUGGCGGCUGCAGUGGGGAUAGAGGGAGGGGAGGUGGAGGCGGGGUUGAGGCCUGAGGAUAAGCUGAGGGCGGUUGAGGAGAUGACUGGGAGGAUGGGGAGGGAGGGGAGGGGAGGCGUGCUGAUGGUGGGGGAUGGGAUUAACGACGCUCCUGCUCUUGCUACUGCCACGGUGGGGGUGGUGCUGGCAGAGAGGGCAAGUGCAACAGCAGUGGCAGCAGCAGACGUGCUUCUAUUGAAGGACAACAUUUCUGAGCUCCCGUUCCUGGUGGCCAAGGCUCGCCAAACCACCCUCAUUGUGAAGCAGAGUGUGGCUCUUGCACUCACUUGCAUUCUGCUCGCGCUCCUCCCCGCCCUUCUGGGGCACAUGCCUCUCUGGCUCACGGUGUUGCUUCACGAGGGCGGUACGCUUCUAGUUUGCCUCAACUCCAUCAGAGCACUCAACCCGGCGCCACUUCGCCGCCCAGGCCUCACGUCGCGCUUGCUGCAGCGAGCCCAGUUGCUGCUGCAGAGGCUGGUGGGACAGCAGGGUGGAAGUAUCGGUAAUAGAGCAGCUGCUAAGGGGAGUGUUCCGUCAGCAGGGACGCCUUGA